AUGGCAGAGAGUGCUGUAACGUUUCUGGUACGUCGACUUUCCACCUUACUUAAUGGUGGACAGAAAUUUCUUGAAGGAAUUCAACAAGAGAUUGUGUAUAUCAGAGAUGAAUUUGAAAAAAUGAGGGCUUUCUCUAGAAUAGCUGAUGCAAAAGAAGAAGAUGAUGAUGACGUACAAGCAUGGAUCAAGCAAGUAGAAGAUCUUGUUCAUGAUGUCCAGGACAUUCUUGAAAAACAUGUUGUCAUUAUGUGCAACAAUUUUCAAGAAAAAGGACCAUGGUCAUGGAAAAAAUCCCAUCAUUCGUCGAUGUCUGAAAAGUUAUUCGAAGCUCAAAAUGAUAACAUUUUAAUGAUGUUGGAAGGUGUCAAUGCCCGAACUAUUGUCAUUUCUCAAGGACAAGAAACAUUUCUUGAGAAAUAUGAUGUUAUAACAAGUAAUACAUGGUGUAAUAACCAUGAAGAAGUAGUUCUUGAUGAUGAUGCAGAUCUUGUAGGCGUUGAAAAUCAUAAAUCAGCGCUUGUCGAUUGGUUACUUUCUGAUGAUCCCAAAUGGAAAUUGCAUUGUGUAGUUGGAACUAGAGGAAUAGGGAAAACCGCCCUAGUCGAGAAAAUCUUUCAUGAUCCAGAGGUGAACAAGAAUUUCAGUCAUGCAAUAUGGUUUGAGAUUUUGCGGUUUACCAAUCUUGAGGAGCUAAUGAUGAGCUUUAUUGAUCUAAAAAAUGACAGUACCUCUCGAGCAAUUGAAGCCAUGGAUGCUAAUACGUUGGCACAGAGGGUCCAACAAUUCUUCGAGUCAACAAGGUACUUAGUUGUCCUUGAUGAUGUCCCUGAUAUUGCCACAUGGAGGACGCUCAAAUGUUUAUUUCCUAUUAAAAUUCGUGGCUGCAGGGUUAUCACCAUCAAGACUUGA